AUGAGUCGAACAUGGCUAUUUACAUGGAUCUGCCUGGUCUUGGUCAUCGACACUUCGACGGCCUUCCACUUGAUAGUAGAUGCCCUUCUGUUUGACAGGCGGAGGGACGCACACAUUCUUCCAGCGCUGUCAGGUGCAUACCUUCGUCGGAAUGACACCUACUUCGUGAAGCGGAAGGGGUCAAUCACCGUCCUUUCACGCCACUCAGACUCAAGCUGGUGUUUCUCAGUUGCAGGACUUGAUUUGCUUUGCAGUGCUUCCACUGAGCUGGACGUGGACGUCCGGUCUGUCAAGACAUGGCUCUUUACUCCACCGAGUUGCCCAUGUCAAGCAAGCGUUGGGUGGCCGAAGGAGCAACAGAUCCUUACACACCGACACGCCCAGCUCUUGAAGUCCCCUGCACGAUCUCGCUGUUAUUGCAAGCGUGCGGGGGGGGCAUCCACGGUACGGAGGAUCAGCGACAUCCGCAUCAGCAAAGGAAAGCUAAAAGUUCCAGCAAGACCCCCGAAUGCGACGCAGCCCCUCACAGAAAGCUGCCCACCUGGCAUGCCCUCGAGACCGCAGCCGCGGAGAGUUUUCCUGGGCUUCACGGUGAAUGAUGAAACAGGACCUCUCCUAGCUCACAUUCAUGAGGUAGCACCUGUGGUGGAUGCAAUUUUAUGGAUCGAGAGUUUGAUCGCCUUCAGUGGACUACCUCGGAACUCCACCUUGGAACGCAUGCGCCGAAGACUAGCACCGUACAUGCAUAAGAUUUACCCAGUUCUCUUAACCAGCAACGGUGUUGAACCUGAAAAGGCCCGCCGGGAUGCAAGCGACCAAAAGAACGACCAACUACUGGGCAACGCCGGCUGGCGUUCGGCUGAGUACAUGUACAAUAUGGCCGGGAAGACACUGCAGUUUGAUGAGCGCUUCCGAGAGCAAUUCCUCGAUUCAAGGGCUCUUGCAGGGGACGAUGUGCUGAUCGUACUGGAUGCCGAUGAGGUUAUAAGGCGAGAAGCUCUAUGGCAAGUCAGACAUUGCACUGUGAGCUUGCCUGUGAGAUUCCAACUUCGGAACUAUGUCUAUGACUUGCAGCAUUACAACUGGCAGUUGACGCGCAGCUUCAGCUCAUAUUUUCAAGAAGCAGAUUGGUCCUUCGCGACCGGCAUCAGCAUCCAUCAGCUCACAGAUCUCGGCAUCGACCCGCGUGCUGCUCGCAUGGCGCGGAUGGCACGCAGUGGUAUCGCGGUUCCUCCAUCCUACGAGCACUACAAGCGUCUGCCUGAAGUGCUCUUCAAGAAUGCCGGCUGGCACAUGCAUCUUUUCUAUGGCGCAAAGCAGAUCGCCCGAAAGCGUGCCAUGGGCCUGCACUACAGCUUCAAUCGCAGACCUUACAACCACACCCCGAGCCUGAGAGCUAUGAUAUUCUCCGGCAGACAUCCCAUGCUCGGCGACUGCCUCUCUGCGGGUUUGAACGCAACCAGCUGCAAGGCCAACGCCUGCGACGAGCCAGAGCUGCAGCGAUCCUCGCGCCUGAUGUGCGUCUUCAGGGCACGUGAGCCGCCGGAGUCCCUGCCACAUCUUGUGCGUGACGAUCCAGAGAUGGGUCUUUGCCUCACGGACAGGCUUGCAGGUGAUCUUGACCGCGUGUGUCCUUCAGAUGUUCCGGACCUUCAGUGGCAACCUGAUUUGAGAUAG